AUGGUAACCCGAAAAACCCAUCCCCUAUUUAAAAUUAUUAACAACGCACUAAUUGACUUACCAGCCCCCUCUAAUAUCUCCGCAUGAUGAAACUUUGGCUCCCUACUACUACUGUGUCUUAUGAUACAAAUUCUUACAGGACUAUUUUUAGCCAUACACUACACCUCAGAUAUCUCAACCGCCUUCUCCUCCGUAGCCCAUAUCUGCCGAGACGUAAACUACGGCUGACUCAUCCGUAACAUUCAUGCCAACGGAGCCUCUUUCUUUUUCAUCUGCCUCUACCUACACGUAGGACGAGGCCUUUAUUAUGGGUCCUACCUCUAUAAAGAAACCUGAAACAUUGGCGUAGUAUUAUUACUACUAGUUAUAAUAACAGCCUUUGUCGGAUAUGUACUACCCUGAGGACAAAUAUCCUUCUGAGGCGCUACAGUAAUUACAAAUUUACUAUCCGCCGUACCAUACAUAGGAGAUGCCCUAGUACAAUGAAUCUGAGGAGGCUUUUCUGUAGACAACGCAACCCUCACACGAUUCUUCGCAUUCCACUUCAUCCUACCAUUCGCCAUUGUAGCCGCCACACUUCUCCACGCCCUCUUUCUACAUGAAACAGGCUCAAAUAACCCAACAGGCCUAAACUCUGACACAGACAAAAUUUCCUUCCACCCAUAUUUCUCAUAUAAAGACCUCUUAGGCUUUAUUAUUUUACUUACAGCCCUCACGGCCCUAGCAUUAUUCUCCCCAAACCUUUUAGGAGACCCCGAAAACUUUACACCAGCCAACCCCCUAGUGACUCCUCCCCACAUCAAGCCAGAGUGAUACUUCCUAUUUGCAUACGCUAUCCUACGCUCAAUCCCAAACAAACUAGGAGGGGUCUUAGCACUACUACUAUCCAUCCUAGUACUAAUAAUUGUUCCCCUGCUACACACCUCCAAACAACAAGGACUUACCUUCCGCCCACUAGCCCAGCUCCUAUUCUGAGCCUUAGUAGCAGACGUCCUAAUCCUAACCUGAAUCGGAGGGAUACCAGUUGAACAUCCCUUCGUCAUUAUUGGACAAGUCGCCUCUAUCUUAUACUUCUCACUAUUCCUUAUUCUCAACCCCCUGGCAGGCCUGCUAGAGAAUAAAUACAUAAACUUUAACU